AUGGAUGGGCAUUUCUGUCCGUGGAAUACCACGCACAUCGAGGUGCCACAACGGUUGCAAGUGAUCCGCGAGGCGUUCGAGAAAUCCGGAGUCUUAAACGAUGGAGUCGAUUUUCUGGAGCCAAGAAUGGCGACAAAGGAUGAGAUUCUUUCCGUUCAUACCGAAGAAUAUUACACAACAAUCGAGAAAACAAAGGGAUUAGGAGUGGAAGAUGCUGAGACUGAAUCCGGCAAAUUUGAGGACAUUUUCCUUAACGGGAGCACUUUUGAUCUAUCACUUCUAUCAGCCGGUUGUGCGAUUGAUUUGACGAGAAAAGUCGUCGAAACUGGAAAAUCCGGUUUUGCUGCCAUUCGCCCACCCGGUCACCACGCGUUCAAGGACGCCGCUUGUGGUUUCUGCGUCUUCAACAAUGUUGUGAUCUGUGCAAAACAGGCUCAAAAAGCUGGUGCAAAGAAGGUAUUCAUUCUCGACUGGGAUGUGCAUGCUGGCCAGGGGACACAGGAGUGCAUUGAGGAGGACGAAAACAUCCGUCUUUUGUCGAGUCACCGCUUUGAGAAUGGGACUUUCUGGCCGAAUCUCGAGCAAAGUGCAGUUGAGCAGAAAUUCAAGCACACAGUAAACGUUCCACUGAAUGCGGUUGGUUUGGGCGAUUCCGAGUUCCUCGCCAUUAUGUACACGUUAGUGUUGCCGAUUCUGCAAGAUUUUCGUCCAGAUCUCAUCAUUGUCUCUUGCGGUUUUGAUGCAGCUUUCGGAGAUCCAGAGGGUUUGAUGAGAAUCUCGCCAAAAGGUUAUGGCUGUUUGACUCGACUCAUUUUGUCUACAGGAAUUCCGUGUGCCUUGAUUCUAGAGGGUGGCUACUUUCUAGACUCAAUUGCAGCGGAUUCAGUUGAAGUGAUGCGAUCGCUGAAAGGUCAUCAACCAUAUCUUCCCAUUGAAAAAAUUCAUCCAGAAUUCUUGAAAACAUUGUUGAGAGUGCUUCGCGUGAAUUCAAGUCUUUAUCCAUCAUUUUUGCAGCAAUAUGAGCUCAUUGAGAAGUUGAGAGCGAAAAAUGGACUGAAAAUGCCGGAGGAAGACCCAGAAUUCCGCGGAGAGCGAAUCCUCACUUAUCCAUUCCCGACAAGAAAUAUUUACAAGGAAAGAAGCGAGGAAAUCUUGAAAGAAUUGAGGGAAGCCUUGAAUGAGCUGACAAAAGAAAGGGAACAGUACAAACAACCGGAAAAGAAACUCACUAUUGUUAGAAGCGAUGAUUUUGAUGUGGAGAUUGAAGAGAAUGAAAUCAAAAUCUCCACUCCAAUCGAAUACCACAAUUUCUUUCACAAUACGCUCUUUUCUCCGCUUUGUGGCCAUGCCGAGUCAAAGGAGAGCUUUAAAGAUUUGAAAAACGCAAAAACCCCAACUCGUAUUUCAGAGAUUCUCGAUUUUUUGGGAAAACUUUUGAAAUUCGAUUUUCUUAAAGAUUUCCCAUUUGUUCAACUUUGUGAAAGAGAUAUU